AUGUCAAUUCAAUGUACAGGAAUCGGUAUUGAUUUUGGUACAACCUAUUCAGAUGUUCUACGUCUCGGUGGACGUAAAUUUGAAGAUUUGAAAUCCAAUCCUAACAUAGACUAUUAUCCAUUUAGAAUAGAAAAUUGUAAUGGAAGACCUAUAAUUCAAGUUGAAUAUAAAAAGGAAACAAAAGUGAUAACACCAGAGGAAAUUCUAUCAAAGAUUUUAGUAAAGAUGAAAGAAAUAGCUCAAGUCUAUAUUGGAAGGAAAGUUUCUCAAGUUGUCAUAGGCGUAUUAGCUUGUUUUAAUUAUUCACAGCGACGACCGAUCAGCGAUGCUGCCGUUAUGGCUGGUCUUAGCGUUCAGCGCCUUAUUAUUGGAUCGACUCUUGCCGGUGCGGCUUUUGGCUUCCAGAAUACUUUCUCGAAAGAGCGAAAUGUGUUAGUUUUUUAUAUGGGUGGUGGUACUUGUAAUGUGUCUAUUUUGACAAUAGAAAAUAAUGGACACUGCAAAACAAAGUCAACUGCUGUUCGAUUGAUAUCGGAGAUAACUCGCGCUCGUUUUGAAGAACUUUGUGAGGGUCUAUUCUGUGACACCCUAAAGCCUAUUCUGAAUGCAUUACAUAAUAUUAAUAUGCAUAAAUCACAAAUUCAUGAAAUCGUUCUCGUCGGUGGUUCAACACAUAUUCCACGUAUACAAAAAGAAUUAGAAGAUUUAUUUGAUGGCAAAAAACUUAAUAAAUCAAUAAACCCAAAUCAAGCCGUUGUUAAUGGUGCAGCUAUUGAAGCUUCAAAAAAUAUUAAAAAAGUUCUUUUAGCUGAUGUGACGCCUUUUUCAUUCGACAUUGAAGCACCCAGUGGUACUAUGAUACCAACAAUUAAACGAAAUAAGGCAAUUCCAGCAACACAAACUCGUAUGUUAAGAAUAUGUUUCAACAAUCAAACAAAUGCGCGCAUUAAAAUUUAUGAGGGUGACCAUGAAACAGCCAGUAAUGAUUAUCUAAUAGAAGAAUAG